AAAGGUUAACAUGAUGGUUGUUUAAUCUCGACACUCUUGCUUGAUGUCUCCUCUUAUUCGGGUUCGUGGUAGGAAACAGCCUAGAAAGAAGACCUUGCGCACUUCAGGAGCAUCAAAACGAUACACACCCAAUCACAGUUCUCAAGAUGAUCCGGAGUUUGACGUUGACGAUGAUGAUGAAGACGAUGAACUUGUUUCGACUGAGUGGACAAAGGAGAGAUGAGAGGAAGCGUCAUGGUAUGCACAUGUGUGUUGACAGUGG